UUUUACUAACCAAAUACCGAAAAAACCGAACCGAACCGAAACCAACCCGAUAUCCGGAUUGAACACCCGUAAUCCAAAUGAAGCCAAACUAUUGUUUCAUUCUCCAAAAUAUAAUAAAAAUAAUAACUUAAUCCCGCGCAAGGCGCGGGUCUUAUCCUAGUUAUUAAAUAUUUUGAGAAAAUGAUCUUUUACUUUUUUUAAUAUAUGUGUCUAGAUGUAUCCUGAAUGAUUAUGGAUAUGAAUAGAAAAAUCUUUUUUUACAUUAUAUAGAAAAGCUGCAAACAUAUUUUCACUUGGAUUAUAUUGUAGGAUCUGGUUAUAAUUGUAGGAUUUGGUUAUAACAAUAUAAUAAGUACUGUUAUAUAUAUAUUAUAUAAAUUUGAUUAAGGGAGAAAGUUUGAGUGUGACCACCUGAUUGGAUUGCAUCACUGCUUCUGUCACUUGUUGGAAAAAAAAAAAACUUGUCUUGCGAGGUAAAUUAUGUUGCGUGUUUUAGUGUACAAUAAGAUUAGUCAAAGUGUUUUUGAAAUUGUGAAAGAAGUUCGUAAAAAUUACUCCAUCCAUUUCAUAAAAUUACAUAUUUUUUUAAAAAAUAUUUUUUUUUUGUAUUUUCAAUGUAUAUUUUAUUAAAUACCAAUGAUUAAUUAAAAAUUUCAUAAAACUUUCACUUUUUGAUUCCUACUAGUUUAUAAUUAUGGGAAAAAGAUAAUCGUAUAAAAAUUAUGCAUUAUUAAAUAUUUUAUUAAUAUGUGUAAAAAAUCUAAAAUAUGCAUAAUAUUGAAAUAGAAGAAAUAAAAACUCUCAUCACUCUUACCCGGAUCUCACCGUGGAUUCCCUUAUUCAUUCGGAAUCCCGUACAUGGAAUCUAUCGGCAAUAAGAACCUUGGUUGACCCGGAAGAUAUUAAAAUCAUUACAAGUAUUCCUUUGAGUAGAAAUCAGAUGGAAGAUAGGAAUGAGUGACAUUUUACCAACAAUAGAAAAUACACGGUACAAUAUGGGUACCAAGUGGAACGUGUCUAUCCAGAUAAGGAAAAACCACCGAAAUUUUAUGGACCCACAGUUGAUGUCCUUAAAGUCUACUGCUGGAAAUUAAAGUGUCCUCCAAAGAUAAGGCAUUUCUUAUGGCAGCUGCUUUCUGGUUAUAUAGCGGCUAUGAAGAACCUAAAUGCAAGAGGAAUACAAAGAGAUACAUUUUGUUCACGUUGUGGAGAUCAGGAAGAAUCGAUAAACCAUGUGUUUUUUGACUGCCCUCCAGCACGACAGGUGUGGGCUUUAUCUAAGAUACCGUCGAAUCCGAAUAUUUUCCCUAUAGGUUCUUUCUUUGCUAAUAUGGACCAUCUUUUUUGGAGAGUUAAUCCAAAGAUGGAUGACCUUCAGGUUGUAUGGAUCUUAUGGUAUAUUUGGAAAGGUCGGAAUAAUAAGGUGUUUAGCAAUAUUGACGUUGAUCCGAGGGAUACCCUUAAGAUGGCCGAAUUGGAAUCAACACUUUAGGUUGAGGCCCAGAUUUUAAAGAAUCAGCGAGUGGUACAGGAUAUACAGAAUAGUUCCAUUCAAACGAAUACAGGACAAUGGUGUUUUAUAGACGGAUCCUGGAAAGAUAAGGUUGUGUUCUCAGGGCAAGGAUGGUUUAGUACUUUACCAGGCUUUGAUGGUUUGUUAGGGGUACGAAAUAUACGUGCAUGUCUAUAACCUCUCCAUUUGGAGGUGGAGGCGUUGAUAUGGACAAUGGAAUGCAUGAGGAAUUUACGAUAAUUUCAGGUUACGUUUGCAACGGAUUGUUCUCAGUUUAUGAAGAUGGUUUCGGAAUCCGAGGAAUGGCCUGCAUUUGGAACUUAUUUGGAAGACAUCAAGCUUUUGAGAAGCAACUUUCUCAACUCAGAAAUCGUUCAUGUACCAAGGGCGGCAAACCAAAAAGCGGAUAGCUUAGCAUGCAAUGCUCGGCAUCAACCGUCUUUCGUCGUACAUAUGGAUGCAGAGUUUCCAAUUUGGUUUACAGAGUAUGUGAAUGGUUUGCUGUCAAAAAAAAAAAUUGAAACAGAAGAAAUAUUAAUUAUUUUAAUGAUGUUGAUGUCUCUUGAAUUAUUUGAGUAGUUGAUUUAAAAUUAUUGAAGCUAAACCAAGUCUCAACAAUUUUUUGUUUUGUUCUGUUUGGUUCACCAAGUUCUCUUCUCAGCAAUUGUGGCGAUAUGCAUUUUCAUAAUAUUUUAAUUAGUCACCAAUUAGGUUUCAUUGGAGGUUGAUGAUUUUGUUUAAACUAUAUAAACAUUGAUUAGUAUUGAAGUUUGACAACUAUAUGACUUCCUAAGGACUUAUAAUUUGUAAACUAAGACAAACUAACAUUUGUGAUUUGUAUACGAACACAGACUAGUGUUGACAAAAAAGACGAACACAAACUAGCUACAAAAGUACAAUCUUUGACAUAAUUAUCGGAUUUUUGUAUACCGUGCAUUUUACACUUAGGAAUAUAUCAAUGUUGGCAAUAACACAAUCAUCCAUAUAUAAUUAAAUGUUACUUUAUAACUGAAACUGAAAAGAGUUUGAAAGCAAAAGGAAAAAAAACUUGUAAAAACUGAAAAGAGUUAUUAGGCUAACAAUUCUCACUUAUUUUAUUUGUUAGCCAUUUGAUCAUUGUGGUCCUGCUGCAUUUUCGAUGGACCACAAGUUGUUCACCGAAAGGGGACCAUCUAUUUAGAUUUGACUUUAAAGAUUUUCCUCAAAAUAUAAAACAUAUGUUCUAUUGGUUUUCACUAUAUGUCCGUACACUCCCUAUAUAACUAUGCACUUCCCAUUUUUCUUUAUUACCUCCAUGACCAUGAAUCCUCCCUAUGAUGAUUUCCCUAAUCUCUUAUUCUCUAACAACACAGCCACUAGCACCUCCUCCUGUGUGGAGCAACAUGAUGGCAUCAUCUCUCUUGAUAUGGAUUGGGAUUGUGACUUCCACGAUCUCAUUGAAUCUAUGAUGAGUGAUAAAGGAGCCACAACAGAAUCUCCUCCAAUGCUGCCUUGUUACCAUGGCCAAGAGGGAAUUCUAAACUCUUCAUCCACAGGUUUGUCCAUGGCUGAUGAGCUUGAUCAUGAUGUAGAGGCAGAUGAAUCAAAGGGAUUGAGGUUGGUUCACUUACUGGUGGCUGCUGCAGAUGCAUCAAUUGGCGCCGACAAAACCCGAGAGCUAACUCGGGUCUUACUUGCAAAGCUAAAGGAUAUGACUUCAACCAAUGACCGAACCAACAUGGAGAGAUUAGCUGCUCACUUCACCAAUGGCCUCUCAAAGUUGCACAAAGAAGCCAAUGUUCAACGGCAGUAUGGUCCCCACCAACACCCUGAUGUUCAUGACCGGGUGGACGUGAUGUUGGCGUUCCAAAUGCUGCAGAAUAUGUCUCCUUACAUCAACUUUGGUUACCUAACCGCCACACAGGCUAUUCUUGAAGCUGUACAGUAUGAGCGGCGAAUCCAUAUUGUGGACUACGAUAUCACAGAUGGUGUUCAAUGGCCCUCCUUGAUGCAGGCCUUGGUGUCCAGAAGUACAGGUCCUUCGGCCCAACAUCUCAGGAUCACGGCUUUGUCACGCGCCACAAACGGUAAAAAAUCAGUUGCUGCCGUCCAAGAGGCUGGACGUCGUCUAACCGCGUUCGCGGAAUCCAUAGGGCAGCCUUUCUCUUACCACCAUUGUAGAAUGGACAGCGACACAUUCAACCCAUCGUCCUUAAAGCUUGUUAGAGGAGAAGCAGUGGUGAUCAAUUGUGUGUUGCAUCUCCCUCGGUUUAGUCACCAACCACCCAAUUCCAUUAUUUCCUUUUUAUCGGAAGCUAAAACACUAAAUCCGAAACUUGUAACGCUUGUUCACGAAGAAGUUGGUCUAGUGGGAAACCAAGGCUUCCUUUAUCGGUUUAUGGACUUGCUACAUCAGUUUUCAGCCAUAUUCGACUCCCUAGAGGCGGGCCCAGCUCGUGGAUUUGUUGAGCGUGUUAUUUUUGGACCUUGGGUUUCGGGUUGGUUGACACGUAUAGCUAUUACUGCUGAGGUGGAGAGUUUUGCUUCAUGGCCGCUGUGGUUAGCUACUAAUGGGUUUAAACCUGUGGAAGUCAGCUUUGCCAACCGUUGUCAAGCGAAGCUCCUUUUAAGCUUGUUUAACGAUGGCUAUGGAGUGGAAGAAUUAGGCCAAAACGGGCUCGUUUUGGGAUGGAAAUCCCGACGUCUUGUAUCGGCCUCUUUUUGGGCCUCGUGCGAGUCGAGUGAGCAAGAUUCUCUACAUAAUACCAUACAUACAUGAGUUGUAUAUGAAGACAUUAAUUAUGUAAAUAUCAAAAAUCUUUUUUUUUGUGAA